AUGGCCGACGAACCAACACUGCCGCGCUUCCCCGCCGUGUCCUGGAAUCCUGGCACACAAAGCUUCAACAAUACGCGUAAACGCGGCCGCGAUGGAAGUUAUGACUCUGCACAGGCGCAGCUUUUCGCAAACUCGAGUGAUCCUGCCAUGUUCUCAAGCGAUGAUGAUCCAAGUCUAGAAAACUACACUCAGGGAAGACAUCGCAAGAAGCGUUAUGUCGGCUCGUGGUUUCAGCAGCAGCCCGCCUCGGGCGAUUCUGCAUUUAGUGAGGAGGUCAGGCCGCCCAAGCCCAAGGGCAAGCGCACCUUUCAGCGUCAAGUUGAUAGUGGUGUCUGGAUGGGUAGCGACGCUUCUACCGAUCUGGAACUGGAGGACCCGUUCCCUAUUCCCACGACCUCGCGCUUGCCCCAGCUGAAUAUGUCUCGGCAAACGGCAGCUAUUUCGGAAGCGGAAGAAUUGGUUCGAGACAAGGUCUUCGACGCGCUUGAGAACGGAGAUGAGGACAUCGAUCUCACAUCUAUGAACAUUCGACAAUUGUCCAAUGCCACAAUAGCACCCCUAUCAGAUCUUACACCUAUUCCGACGGUCACGCCAGGCGUACCCUUCGAACAGAAGGAUGCAGCACUCAAGAUCUACCUUGGCCAAAACCCUCUCACGAAAGUCCCUGGCGCAGUCUUCAACCUCGAGUUUCUCACUUAUCUCAGUCUUCGUAAUGGCAAGCUCACAGAAAUCCCUCCGGCAAUAGGCAAGCUAAGGAAUCUAAAGACGUUGAACAUUUCUCUGAACCGCCUGCGGUCGCUGCCGAGUGAAUUGCUGGAUCUUAUGACCUAUCCUUCAAAGCUAAAGGAGUUAAUGAUUAACCCAAAUCCAUUUGUUCUGCCCUUACAAAACAGCGUCAUUGAACUGGAGGGCGAAACCACAGAAUGGGAAGGCCCAGAGCAUGCCUUACUUCUCGGCGAGAGAUUGUGGGAUGAAGGUCGAACGGUCUCGAAGAUAUGGUUGGACAGGCGUGAGGGCUUAUGCAAUGACACCGAGUACCCCGAGCUUCACGAUAAACGGAACUGGACCUGGAGGGCUAAAAUCAUCGCUCGCACUCCUAUACAAUUUGAAGAUAGCCGCGGAUUCAACAUCUCCAAGCACGCUCUCCCUGAAUCAUGGCUAAGCACCGAGACUGUGCUGCCCACUGAGAAUUUAGCAGAGCCACCUGCACUCCCGUUGGCCCGCGUAGCAUCUACAAAGACUUGUAAUGCUAGCCGCGUGCCGUCACUGAUGGAGUUGGCAUUGAAAUCAUGCUCACGCACAAGUCAAUUACCACAACUACCGUCUUAUCUUCCCGACGAUGCGCCAUCACAUCUGCCAGAUCUACUACGCCGCAUUGCAACUCAGGCUGACGCUAAUUCAAAUGCAGGCGACUUGCCGUGCUCAAGGUGUCAGAGACGCGUUAUUGUGCCCGCGGCUCAAUGGAUAGAGUGGUGGAAUUACGGCAAGAUCAAUAUUGACGAAGCUUCGUCUCAGCCCUCGUAUGCUAUGGAUAGUCAUGGUGUUGUGCCCUUUUUAAAGAGAGCCUGCUCCUAUAGAUGCCUACCAGGAGCUACUCAGCCUGGCACUCUGCUUCCCGAGACAUUACGUUUUAGCAUCAUGGCACCAGAGAAUUUAUGA